UCAGGACCAAGGACAGCCGCUCGCGCUGAGCAUCAGGUCAUUGGAUCCUCAGCAAAGCAGAACCUCGGACGGGAGUCGUGACAAGGAGACAUGCAUCUCUCAAAGACAAGAAAACACAAGCUCCCCCAAAACUGUUUGUAGGCCAAUAAUAUAUGUUUUUUUUUUGAGUCAAUGAAAAUCAACAGGAUUUACCCACCACAAAGCAAAUGUAUUAUUGUCUUUUUUAUGGGAGUGUAAUGCAGGUUUAGAGAUCAGCUGGAGAAAAAACUCAUGAUGCACAUACCUCGACAGGGCGGACUAAUGUAAUUGCAUUCCACUGGUAUUGCUGUUAGCACAGGGUCGAGAGGACGCGUGAUCCAUGCGGAUCGGUUAGCUGGGCUGGCUACGACGCACAUCCACUCAACAGGAGACUCGGUCUGGCAGCUGUGUCGAUGUCAAAAUGCGUGUAUUUCUGCUUGCGUUUUUCAUCUCCUGCUCCUGUGCGGGUGGUGGAUGUGAACCCAAGAUUGUCAAUAUCGGAGCGGUCCUGAGCCAGAAGAGGUAUGAACAGGUGUUCAAGGACGCCGUCACCCAGGCAAACACGCUGUAUGGGAAAGAUAAGUUCAAGAUGAACGCCAUCUCUGUCACUCAUAAACCCAAUGCAAUUCAGAUGGCUCUCUCCGUCUGCGAGGACCUAAUCUCGAACCAGGUGUAUGCCAUUCUGGUGAGCCACCCGCCUCAAUCGAAUGACCAUCUGACCCCCACACCGGUGUCCUACACCGCAGGGUUCUACCGUAUCCCUGUGGUUGGGCUCACCACCCGCAUGUCCAUCUAUUCGGACAAGAGCAUCCACCUGUCUUUCUUGCGUACCGUGCCCCCCUACUCCCACCAAGCCCAGGUGUGGUUCGACAUGAUGAGAGAGUUCCGCUGGAACCACAUCAUUCUGAUAGUGAGUGACGACCACGAGGGCCGCGCUGCCCAGAAGAGGCUGGAGACCCUGUUGGAGGAGAGGGAGACCAAGAAUAAAAACAAGAACUAUGAAAACCUCGACCAACUGUCCUAUGACAACAAGCGAGGACCCAAGGCAGAGAAAGUUCUCCUGUUCAGCCAAGACACCAACCUGACAUCCAUGCUGCUGGAGGCCAAGGACCUGGAGGCUCGCGUCAUCAUCCUCUCUGCCAGCGAGGACGAAGCGGCGUCGGUCUACAAAGCUGCCCGCCAGCUCAACAUGACGGGCUCUGGCUACGUGUGGCUGGUUGGAGAGAGGGAGAUGUCUGGUAAAGCUUUGAGUGAAGCACCAGAUGGCUUGCUCGGCCUUCAGCUCAUCAACGGCAAGAACGAGUCGGCGCAUAUCAACGAUGCCGUGGCUGUGGUGGCACAGUCCAUCCAGGAGCUCUUUGAGAAGGAGAACAUCACAGAACCGCCUCGCGGCUGUGUAGGCAACACAAACAUCUGGAGGACUGGACCGCUCUUCAAACGAGUGCUGAUGUCAUCCAAGUACCCAGAUGGCCUGACAGGACGCAUAGAGUUUAAUGACGAUGGUGACAGGCGGUUUGCUACCUACAGCAUCCUCAACUACCAAAAGACCAGGCUGGUGCAAGUGGGCAUUUUCAACGGCACCCAAGUGGUGAUGAAUCCGCAGAGGAAGAUCAUUUGGCCAGGAGGAGAGACGGAGAAGCCAAGAGGAUACCAGAUGUCUACCAGACUAAAGAUAGUAACCAUUCAUCAGGAGCCAUUUGUCUAUGUCCAACCCACAACAAGUGACGGAACUUGCCAAAAAGAGAAAACUGUUAAUGGACUUAAAGAUGUCCAAAAAGUUAUAUGCACUGGCCCCAAUGGAACCAUCCCAGGACAGCCUAUAGUACCCCAAUGCUGCUACGGCUUUUGCAUUGACCUGUUGAUUAAACUAGCGGAUACCAUGAACUUCACCUAUGAGGUUCAUCUGGUGGCUGAUGGGAAGUUUGGUACACAGGAGCGGGUGAACAACAGCAACAAGAAGGAGUGGAACGGCAUGAUGGGAGAACUCCUGGGUGGCCUGGCAGACAUGAUUGUGGCUCCGCUCACGAUCAACAACGAACGCGCCCAGUACAUCGAGUUCUCAAAACCCUUUAAGUACCAGGGGCUUACCAUCCUCGUGAAAAAGGAAAUACCACGCAGUACUUUGGAUUCGUUCAUGCAGCCCUUUCAGAGCACCCUGUGGCUGCUGGUGGGUCUAUCGGUCCAUGUGGUGGCGGUGAUGCUCUACCUAUUAGACCGGUUCAGCCCAUUUGGAAGGUUUAAAGUGAAUAGCGAAGAAGAAGAAGAGGACGCCCUCACCUUAUCCUCCGCCAUGUGGUUCUCUUGGGGGGUCCUUUUGAACUCCGGGAUAGGAGAAGGAGCACCCCGGAGCUUUUCAGCAAGGAUCUUAGGUAUGGUGUGGGCUGGAUUUGCCAUGAUCAUUGUGGCAUCCUACACAGCCAAUCUGGCAGCCUUCCUAGUGUUGGACCGGCCUGAGGAGCGCAUCACCGGCAUCAAUGACCCCAGGCUGCGAAACCCAUCAGACAAGUUCAUCUACGCCACAGUGAAGCAGAGUUCGGUGGACAUCUACUUCCGGCGCCAAGUGGAGUUGAGCACCAUGUACCGCCACAUGGAGAAGCACAACUACGAAAGCGCUGCUGAGGCCAUCCAAGCUGUGCGCGACAACAAACUGCACGCGUUCAUCUGGGACUCUGCCGUCCUGGAGUUUGAGGCAUCACAGAAGUGUGACUUGGUGACAACGGGAGAGCUGUUCUUCCGCUCCGGCUUCGGCAUAGGCAUGCGGAAGGACAGCCCUUGGAAGCAAAAUGUUUCCCUGUCCAUUCUUAGCUCUCAUGAGAAUGGGUUCAUGGAGGAACUAGAUAAAACCUGGGUGAGAUACCAGGAGUGUGACUCCAGGAGUAAUGCCCCGGCCACCCUCACUUUUGAGAACAUGGCAGGUGUGUUCAUGUUGGUUGCUGGGGGUAUCGUUGCUGGAAUCUUCCUCAUCUUUAUUGAGAUUGCGUAUAAGCGCCACAAAGAUGCCCGCAGGAAGCAGAUGCAGCUGGCCUUCGCUGCGGUCAACGUGUGGAGGAAGAACCUACAGCCUUAUCCCACGGACAUCACAGGCCAGCUCAACUUGUCAGACCCCUCUGUCAGCACGGUGGUGUGAGAGAUUGAGAGAGAGAAAUGAGAGGACUGAAAUGAGAGAGAGGAUCCUGGUUUGGAGACAGAAGCUGGUCCAUUGCUGCUACGCCACCUGAGCCAUUGUCCUGUUCUCUAUCUACCCACAUAGAACAUGUGUUCUGCUCAUUCCCCACCAAACACAACAGGCAGGAACUGUAUAGCUGACAUCCACCUGACAAACUGUGCCAAUUCACAAUGGAGCCAAACCACCUGUUUUUUCCCACACAGAGGCCUGACCCAGCACAAUGAUAGCUUUAGGUUUAUUUUUAUAAUCUGCCUGCUAGAGUCAUGUAGUUGUGUACUUUACGUGUGAAACAACAAGAAAUAUAUACAUUUUCUGAUCAUGUCAUUUGCAAUACAUCGUCAUGCACUGUGUUUCUGAUUUCAAUAAGCUAUAGAUUUAAUAGAUCAUGUUUUAUGGUAUUUUGUGAUGUCAAUGUCUUACUACCUCCACUUAUUUAGACAAACCUUAGACAUGUAGGCUACUGUAGUUAGGACUAUUUGACAUUGUAAGGUUUUCCUGUGUUCCAUUUAUCGACAGGUUUUUGUUAGCAUUAGCUAAUGCGGUGUAGUGUGGGGCAAUAACAAUGGACAAGUUGUCAAUUUAUAAAUUAGCAGCAUACAGCUAUGCUAAUAUCUAAGUGUGAAUCCGAGUUAAGCACACCUUGUCCAUUGUAGCACUCAUAUCAGCUGCAAUCCCUUUCUUUAGCUAUAGAUGUCUUAGCCCCUUUUAUGUGUUAAUUUACUUCAUUCUCUCAGUGGUAGUACAGCAGUGAUUGCGUGGCAGACUAUUCUCAGCAUUCAACAAUACUACAAUCUUUCUGAGCCAAAAGUCUUUGGCAUGACAUCGGCGAAGGAGUUGCCAUCAACAGAAAUAGACUGGUAACCACUAGUGCUGUAGGCUAUGUUGUUGUUCAUUCAAGAAAAUUGCUCUCUACAUUUGUUGAUUUGACAGUGUUACAUGGUCAUUAAUGCAAAUCAAUUUAUCAGUCAACAUCAAGUCUCUAUAUAGCCUAUAUAGUGCCUUCAGAAAGUAUUCAUACCCCUUAUUCCAAAUGUUGUCUUGUUACAGCCUGAAUUCAAAAUGGAUAAAAAUAUAUAUUUUUCUCACCCCUCUACACACAAUACCCCAUAAUGACAAAGUGAAAACAUGUUUUUAGACAUUUUUGCAAAUGUAUUGUAAAUGAAAUACAAACAUAUCUAAUUUCCAUAAGUAUUCACACCCCUGAGUCAAUACUUUGUUGAAGCACCUUUGGCAGCGAUUACAGCUAGGAGUCUUUCUGGGUAAGUCUCUAAGAGCAUUCCACACCUGGAUUGUGCAACAUUUGCACAUUACUCUUUUCAAAAUUCUUCAAGCCCUGUGAAAUUGGUUGUUGAUCAUUGCUAGAACAACUAUUUUCAGAUCUUGCCAUAUACUUUCAAGUAGAUUUAAGUCGAAACUGUAACUCGGCCACUCAGGAACAUUCACAGUCUUCUUGGUAAGCAGCUCCAGUGUAGAUUUGGCCUUGUGUUUUGGGUUAUUGUCCUGCUGAAAGGUGAAUUAAUCGCCCCGUGUCUGGUGGAAAGCAGACUGAACCAGGUUUCCCUCUAGGAUUUUGCCUGUGUUUAGCUCCCUUCUGUUUAUUUUUUUAUCCUGAAAACUCCCCAGUCCUUAACGAUUACAAGCAUACUCAUAACAUGAUGCAGCCACCACGAUGCUUGAAAAUAUGGAGAGUGGUACUCAAUAAUGUGUUGUAUUAGAUUUGCCCAAAACAUAACACUUUGUAUUAAGGACAAACAUGAUGCAUGUUUUGGAAUAUUGUAAUUCUGUACAGGCUUCUUUCUUUUCACUCUGUCAAUUAGGCUAGUACUGUGGAGUAACUACAAUGUGGUUGAUUCAUUCUCACUUUUCUCCUAUCAUAGCCAUUAACCUCUGUAACUGUUUAAAGUCACCAUUGGCCUCAUGGGGAAAUCCCUGAGUUGUUUCCCUCCUCUCUGGCAACUGAGUUUGGAAGGACGCCUGUACCUUUGUAGUGACUGGGUGUAUUGAUACACUAUCCAAAGUGUAAUUAAUAACUUCACCAUGCUCAAAUGGAUAUUCUAUGUCUGCUUUUUAUCAAAACCCAUCUACCAAUUGGUGCCCUUCUUUGUGGGGCAUUAGAAAACCUCCCUGGUCUUUGUGGUUGAAUCUGUGUUUGAAAUUCACUGCUCGACUGAGGUACCUUACCGAUAAUUGUAUGUGUGGGGUACAGAGAUUAGGUAGUCAUUCAAAAAUCAUCUUAAACACUAUUAUUGCACACAGUCCAUGCAACUUAUGUGACUUGUUAAGCACAUUUUUGCUCCUGAACUUAUUUAGGUUUGCUAUAACAAAUGGGUUGAAUACGUAUUGACUCAAGAAAUGUCAGUUUAUCAUUUUUCUUUAAUUUGUCAAAUAAAAUUAAAAACAUAAUUCCGCUUUGACAUUAUGGGAUAUUGUGUAGUCCAAUGACACAACAUCUCAAUGUAAUCAAUUUUAUAUUCAGGUUGUAACACAACAACGUGGAAAAAGUCAAGGGGUGUGAAUACUUUCUGAAGACACUGUAUUCUCUCUACAUAGUCUCUUUUAUAUCAUGACAUUAUUGAGGAUAUUGUGACGUGUACAUGAUUUCUGGAUGUUUUGAGCCUAAACUGCACUGACAGUGAUUGUCUCUCUUUGGCUCAAAAUAUCCUGUAAUGAUUUAUAUAUUAUUGUGGUGUGUAUAUUAUGUAUAUGUGUAUAUAAAUAUAAAUAUAUAUAUAUAUAUAUAUAUAUAAUAUAUAUAUAUAUAUAUAUAAUCAUGUUCUGUCAACCUUAGGGGCGUUCUGGUAAUCGGCUAAGAUGGCUGUUGUAGCUGUGUGGUUAACCCUAUAAAUUAAUGACUUAUACUACUUUGUAUUUCUAAUAUAAUAAUAUAUUUCACUAUAUCACUGUAUUUUUGCUUUAUAUGUGAGAUUAGAUUAAUAAAAUCCCUCACUCUUACCCUUUCCUAUUUUCGAGACUGCAUUUACACCGACAUUUAGUCUGUCAAUAGCAAAUUGAUUAAUUGCAAAAAUGAUAUAUUGUAAAAAAAAGUUUGUUUCCUGCAAAAACUUGUCAGAUAUCCUUCGGUGUAGCUCAAGUGUAUCCUGGCAUGUUCCUGACUCAAGAUCUGAAACACUGUUUAGCACUUUUGUCUUAAAGAUCCAAUGCAGCCGUUUUUAUCUCAAUAUCAAAUAAUUUCUGGGUAACAAUUAAGUACCUUACAAUACUGUGAUUGUUUUAAUUAAAAAUGGUCAAAAAUAAACAAAAAUUUAGAGCAAUUUCUCAUGCAAGAAUUUAGCUAGGACAGUCUGGGAGUGGUCUGAGUGAGGAGCGGAAAACUGGAACUCUCUUUCUUAUUGGUCUAUUAACUAAUUUACCGCCUGGUGAUGUCCUCCAGGUAGGCCAAAACUCCAUCCAUCCCACCAAAACAGGCUGAAAUUUCAGGCGGUCUUUUCAAACAGCUCUUACACUAAAAGGACAUUAUCUUAUUCCAACCACAUGGUGUGGAUAUAUAUAUAUAUAUAUAUAUAUAUAUAUAUAUAUAUAUAUAUAUAUAUAUAUAUAUAAAACAAAGAGAAAAAUCACAUUUUUGACUGCGCUGGGCCUUUAAACAAUCAACAUGAGGGCUUUGCUCAUAAUUGUGAGAAAUUAAGAAUGUGAAAUAUAUACCUGUAACUGUUACUAUACCUGUAUUUUAUGGGCCGAAAAUAUGUUUUUGUGCAAUAGGCUCGUUUUAAAUGUUGAUGGUUUUAGAGAGAGACAUGAAUUGAUCUGUCUGGAAUAAUUUUUUAAAUGUUUUAUUAUGGUUUCAGUAUUGACGGGCUCAAUUUUGUAUAGGUGUUCCAUUUAUCAUUCAAGUGAAAUGUGGGAUUAAUAAUAAUGUGGGAAAAUAUAUUAAUUAUUACUUAUAACAAUGUAGCCAUCAACCAGAGAUCGGAAGUUUAGCUAUGGUUGUGUCAAUGUUCUCAUGGAUACUGAAAAUAUACCUAAAUGAUUAUGUAAGUAUAAUAAUUAUUAAUGAAGUUUAAAUUGAGGUAGAAAUAUUUGAUAAUCUAAUUUCUCAAAACAGAGUGUUUAUUCAGAAUUGUAACUUGAAAGAGUUGGGUUUAUUUAGGCUGUGAAAAUGUCUGUUCUGUUAGCCAAGAAAGUUCAGUAGUUGCAAUGCUUGGGAAAACAGAUUACAUUGGAUUGUGUGAUAGAAUUACAGACUGUGAGUAAAGUGUUCAAUUGUCAUUUCAGGUGACUCAAAACAUAUUCAACAACACAGUUCCGUAUUAUUUUAAUGUAAAAUUACAAUUUUGCAGGGCUUUAAGAUAUAGUAAGUUACUAUAACUUAACUAUCAAUCACUACCAAAUGUGCUUUGAAUAUCAUUCCUAUAUUGUGUGAAUAAUGACUAUACAUUAUAAUAUCUGUUUGUAAUAGAAAUCAGUUGUACUAAUAAAAUGUCUGAUAUAUUAAAUGCUAUUUGGACA